CACACACACCCACUUCAUUCUCCAAAGUAGUCAGAAAAAAAAAAUCAAAUACCGGCCCGCCCAGCGGCCCAGGCCGACCCCCUGACGUGCUGACUGCUGGCCGGGCAGCUUCACCGGCCUCACCGUGGGGCAUGGCCUCCAACAGCAUCUUCGAUUCCUUCCCCAGCUACUCGCCAGCCUUCAUCCGUGACCCGAGCACCAGCCGCCGCUUCACACCUCCCUCCACGGCCUUCCCCUGCGGCGGCGGCGGCGGCGGCGGCAAGAUGGGCGAGAACAGCGGCGCCCUGGGCGCACAAGCGACCGUGGGGCCCGGAGGGCGCACCCGGCCGGAGGUGCGCUCGAUGGUGGACGUGCUGGCAGACCACGCGGGCGAACUCGUGCGCACCGACAGCCCCAACUUCCUCUGCUCCGUGCUCCCCUCUCAUUGGCGCUGCAACAAGACGCUGCCCGUCGCCUUCAAGGUGGUGGCGCUGGGGGAUGUGCCCGAUGGAACCGUGGUAACUGUGAUGGCCGGCAAUGAUGAGAACUAUUCGGCUGAGCUGCGCAACGCCUCAGCGGUCAUGAAGAACCAGGUGGCCAGGUUCAAUGAUCUGCGCUUCGUGGGCCGCAGCGGACGAGGAAAGAGUUUCACGCUAACCAUCACUGUAUUCACCAACCCCACCCAAGUGGCCACCUACCACAGAGCCAUCAAGGUCACCGUGGAUGGACCCCGGGAGCCAAGACGGCACCGGCAGAAGCUGGAGGACCAGACCAAGGCAUUCUCCGACCGCUACGGGGACCUGGAUCGGCUACGCAUGCGGGUGACGCCAAGCACACCCAGUCCUCGAGGCUCCCUCAGCACCACGAGCCACUUCAGCAGCCAGGCCCAGACCCAGAUCCAAGGCACCUCGGAGCUGAGCCCCUUCUCUGACCCCCGCCAGUUUGACCGCCCCUUCCCAGCGCUGCAGACGCUCACGGAGAGCCGUUUCCCAGACCCCCGGAUGCACUACCCGGGGGCUAUGUCGGCCGCCUUCCCCUACAGCGCCACACCGUCGGGCACAAGCAUCAGCAGCCUCAGCGUGGCAGGCAUGCCGGCCACCAGUCGUUUCCACCACACCUACCUCCCGCCGCCCUACCCCGGCGCUCCGCAGAACCAGGCCGGGCCCUUCCAGGCCAACCCGUCCCCCUACCACCUGUACUAUGGUGCCGCCUCAUCAGGCUCCUAUCAGUUCUCCAUGGUGGCCGGCAGUGGGGGCGGCGACCGCUCCCCCACCCGCAUGCUGGCCUCUUGCCCCAGCAGCGCCACGUCCGUGGCUGCCGGUAACCUCAUGAACCCCAGCCUGGGCGGCCAAAGCGACGGCGUGGAAGCUGACGGCAGCCACAGCAACUCGCCUACGGCCCUGAGCACACCAGGCCGCAUGGACGAGGCCGUGUGGCGGCCCUACUGACCACCACUGCCCAGAUGGACUCCGGCAGCCUAGCCAAGGACGAGACGGACGCAACCGAGCAACAACCAUGUCUGUACAGAGAGGGCUGAUGGGGAGCUCCCGACGGACACCGUCCCCUGCGCACCCCACCCCUCCCCCCAGAGCCCCUGUCCAGGGCUGCCCAAGGUGAAUGCCUCAGGGCCCUAGGAUGAUGCCCCCACCCUGCCGUGGCACUGACACAUGUUGACAGCUGAAAAGUCUCUGCUCCUGGUCUGGAUGGGGUGGGGGACCCAGGAUGGGGGUAGCACAGGUGGGUGGGGACACAAGGGCAUCCCGCUUUACCCCCAAUCCUGCCUCCCCCCCCAAGUCCUCCCAGCUCCAAAGCCCCCUGCCUCAGCUUAGGUGAGCCUGUCAGAGAUCCUUAAGCUGGCGGCUCCUGCAGACCUGGCCCCUCCAUGCACUUUACCAGCCCAGGGACUCCCCCGUUGCUGGGGGCCCAGAGCACCCUCUGCCUGGAUCGGCCUCCUGGGUUCAGUUCUGAGGAGGGGAGGACAAUCUUCUUUCCAGGGCCCAGCCACACAGGACCAGUCCCUCCACGCCCACUCCCCAGCAGCAGUCCCGAACCAGAAACCAAGUUUUAAAUGCAUUUCAGGAAGUAAAGCUUCAGUCAAAACUCUUCAGACCCACCCUGGGGUACAGCUCUGUGGCCAUGCCCCUGCCCCACUCUGCCCUGCCCAUGGCUCAGAGAGCAGGAGACCCGGAGGACUGCCCCAGUGCCCAUAGCAGCGCUGCUGUGACAUGGGGUCGUCCUUCUGCCGGGUAUGGCCGGGGUGUGAGCCAUGGCAGGGAUCAGAGGAACUGGCACAGGCUGUGUGGCUUCUCCCAUCCAGGGCAAUAGGACAAGGAAACAGACGGCCUGUGGCUUCUCAUAGCCACGGUCCCCGUAGUCCUCUCCCCUGCAGAAUAUGCGUAAGUGGCCGUCGGUGCCAUCCCCAGCACAACAGCCCCAAAGGCCAGACGCGCACCCUGGCCCGUCAGAAAGUCCCAAUGAUCCUGCCUGAGCUGCUCUUGCUGCAAUUUCUCUUGUUCUGUCCCCCACCUGAGAAAAAGCAGUGUCCGUCUCCUGGCUGCUGUUGGGGAGGUCCUGGGCGUCCCCCCACACCCUGGCGGCCCCUCCCCCCUUCUCAGGAAACAGCAACCAGUCCACUGCCCUGGGCUCGUCCAUUGCCUUUCUCUCUGGUUUGCAGCGUGGCCCAGGCCAGCGAGGGAGGGACCAGUGGGUCCCCCCAUGCUCAGUACUUGGCAACCCCAAUGACCUUCCGGAGGGCCAAACCCCCUGUCAGGGUGGGGCAAGGGGAGUCAGGGACAGAAAAUAAAGCACCCCGACCCUCCUCCUCUGUCCCUACCCCGACAGAGGGGUGACUGCUGCACCCGAUCUUUUGGGGCCCACCAAACCUGGGCCCUUCGCGCGCCGGGUCCUGAUGGGCAACAUGGCCCCCAGGUUGGAUUCUGCAGGCACACGGAAAUGGGAGAACACAAAAAGAGCGAGCAUGUGACUCUGUGUCACUGUGAGUUGGCUGUUGGCGGGCCCAGGGCUCCUGUCCGCCACCCUCAGAAGCCCCACCCUGGCGCUGGCAGGGCGGGUGGAGGGCUGGAAACCGCUUUGCACUAUCGUUCGCUUGGGAUUUAUUUUUAAUGCACAAAUUGCUUGUACAGUAAACUGUCUGUCUUCUGUACUAUUUAACUCAACAA